AGUCUUUAACAUGGGGAUUCAGGCCCGCCCCCCGUGCCGCCCACCGGCUCUCCGGGCGGCUGAUCGUCGGUGCCCACCGUGCCACCGCUGCCCACCGGUCGCCAUGGGCCGCUGCCCACCCUGCUCCAGCCGGGGACCCCCCGCCCUCCUGGUCCUCCCUCUCCUCCUCCUCCUCCUCGGACCCCCGGCUCCAGCUACAGGUCAAGAUUUUGAUUUAUCUGAUGCCCUUGAAGAUGUUGAGAAAAUAACGAAGAAACCAUCCGUUCCCACCAGAAAGCCAAGUUCCGACCUGGAUUUGUCCGAUGCCUUAAGUGAAGGAAACGAUGACGUGAAUCCCAAACCGCAACCUCAGCCCCCUCCCAACCCUGGAAAUUCCGGUAGCAUCUCUGACGACGAUCUCAUCGAUGCAAACCCCAACCCGCAUCCUCGCCCGGGAGGUCAUGAUCAGCCGGAUUCUAAUCACAAUGAACAGUCAGAUGAUAACUCUCCUGGCGUGAUCCCUGGAAUUGUAAGCGCUGUGGUUGUGGCCGUGGUGGGAGCUAUAUCUAGCUUUAUCGCCUACCAGAAGAAGAAAUUCUGCUUCAAAGGAAACGAAGAUCCAGAAACUGUCCGGGCGGAAGGUUAUGAAGAUGCAAAUAAAGAACCUCCUGUGCAGAGUACUCUUUUGCAGUAAUAAUAUGAGAAUCAAAUCACGGGAGAACCAAGAUGAACAAACUGCGAUUGGAAAGUCUUGCUAUCUGCCUCAAAGGAUACCAUUUAAGAGAGGAAACAUUGUAUAAGAAUGUGAUCCUGUCAGACGAUUUUGGAGUAGGGAUCUCUAAAACAAUGCAAAUAGUUUCAGUAUUCUAGCCUGGGAUGGGGUACUUGGUUCCCCAGGAGUCUGCAGUUGGACCUUUUAGUUCACCAUUGCCUUUUAGACGUUGACAAAUAAGUAAGAUUUGAACGGUUGGCAGUUAACAUUCAGUUUUUGGCCUUCUAACCAAGUACCCCUCUAAUUCCUCUGUUGGAAUCUAACUUUUCACGCUCAUCUGUGUCAGAGUGGUAUGUGAAGCUGAAGAACCCUCCAGAAAACCUCCAAAAAAUUAUCCUCAGCAUUUCCCCGCUUCCAUUUCUGAAUCCAUUAUAGCUUAGCAACUAAGGAAAUGUGUGGGCUGGACCUGAAAUCUCUGCCCGGGUGGCUUCCGAUUUUAGUCACAGACCAGAUUUGUGUGUUACCGUUAUUGAGACUGAGACUAAACAGAGUUGUGAGGUUUUAUUUUUUUUUUUGCCCCUACCCAGUUUUCCUUCUUUAAGUCUGAUGGUUGCAGAUUUGGAGUGUUCAAUCUGUACUGACAUUUGACUGUUGACUGAAGAGAGGUAUUAACGUCCACGCCUAACCAUUUUUAUCUUAUGCUACCAAAUAGUCUACCACUUUGAAGCAUAACAAAUUGGGUAAUUAGUGACUUGUUUGAUUUUUUAAUAUUUUUUUUAACGUUCUUUACCUAGUCCCCUCAAAAGUACUUCAAAACAGAGUUAAACCGUCUUUUCCUUCCAGAGUUCCAGGCAUGUUGUAUACUUAUAUCUAAUGCAUGGACUGCUAUAGGGGAGGUUUGUAAAAGAAAACAAUUUAAAUAGGUUCUUCUCUGGGAGUUUGAGGGGGAGCCUUAAAUGGGUUUUAAUUUUUCUAAGGGGGGAAACUGAAGUUUUCAAGCCCAAAUUUGCAGGGAACAUAUGCAGACUCUGUUACAUUGUAAUCUCCCAAGCAUUUAAUGCAAUGCUCUGCAUACAUUAAGCGCUCAAUAAAUACGAUUGGCAUUCAAAAUUGUCAGGCACGUUUAAUGAAUUUUUCCGUUCACUGUAUCACCGUGUUCUGAAGCCGAGACAAUCCUGGUUUUUAAAAUGGACUCCCAAAAUCCAAUGCUUCUGGAGGGAAAACUAAUCUUCCAUUGGGAUUCUCACCAAAAUUUUUCUCAUGAUUUAAUAGUUGUUCCUUCUCUUUUUCUAACAAGUAUAAUGAAAUGUGACCAGGCAAACUUUUUGGCUCGCCUGUCUGUCUGUUGAUUACUGCAGUCUCUUCUUCAGGUUCCUCCUCCUCCCACUUUAAGGAAUCUUUUCUUCCACUGCAGGCCUUUCAGAAGGCUCUGAUGAUGGACUCUGAAGAUAUUCUCUGCCAAGAAGUUGAGAUCUCUAGAAGGGUAGUGCUCCUCAUUCACGCACCUUCCCAUACUCUCAGUUUCAGCCACAGUCCUCUGUUUCUCUCUUCUGCCCAUCUCCUGUGACUGAUGCUGUGAAGGAGUGAGCACCUACACUUCAGAAGGCCAAGAGAUGGAAGGCAGAGGGAUUGUUGGAAGAGAAGUUCUAAUUCAGAUCGAUCACAGGGAGAGACUCAGAUUUUGUAAGUAAGACAGUUUGUAGGUGGGUCAGUGUGUGUGUUUAUGGAGGAGAGAAGGAAGGAGGAGGAGGAGAUGGCAGAGCAAAAGGGUUCACUAUAUUGCAUGUAGUUUUUUUAAACCUCUAGUGUAAGAUAGAACCUAUAUUUAGGGAGCUAAAAAUAGUUAAAAAUAAAACUCAUCUUCGCUUCAAAGCAAUGUGUUAUUUUAACGGUGGACAAAGUGGAGUCAUGGAAGUUUGGACUAAUUUUGCAGGAACCAACCUUUGGUUCUGGCUUGUUAUUGCAGACUAAUAUUAUCAGUCUGUUCGUAUGGUGAAAAUCAAAUUCAAGCACAUCCCAAGCCAAAUAAACAUCUCUGGGCUUGUCAACCAAGGCCCCCUGAAUUAUUCAGUUACUACCAGCCCAUAGGCCCCCCCCAAACCCCAAAGAAGUGAAGUGGCUUCUCUAUAGGGAUUUGACAAAAGUCGUGAGCUUUCUCGAUCUGUGAACUUGUUGAACUUUUACAGUCGGACUUGACACGUGGUUGUUUGGUGGUUGUUGGGUUUUUUUUUUUAAAUAAAAACAUUUGGGUAAAAAACUA